CCAAACAGCCCCCGUAGUGUGGCGGCUACUUUUUCCGCGUUAACCUACAUUAUAGCAGCGGCGCGAGCGACUACCACUAGCAGAACGUAGACGCGCGCUCCCACGGACUGGUCGCGGCCAACUACUGGUGCGGAUCCGGUGCUAUUGUAUUACGCGUACGACGUCAUAUAGUGUGCAGUAAGCGUGCCGCGCGCCCCUAGCGAUUUUUAGCCGCAGAUUGUGCCGAUUCUCUAGUGUUUUAUGUACAGUGAUUGAAGUUGCUAGUGAGAUAAAAAGAAGACUAGGAUCGAUUUCCAUCGGCGAAGUGACUCCGAUGUCUCUUGGUGCUCGAAGUGAAAUUUGAACCAGAAUCGUUAUAGAGGCAAAAAAUGACUAUGGACAUAAAUAAAACUGAGCCAAACAGAAAUGGUUCCAGCCAGCAGGAAUGCGCUGGAUGCAGAAAACCCAUCACCGAGAGGUAUCUGCUGAGAGCGUUGGACAUGUAUUGGCACGAGGACUGCCUCAAGUGCGGAUGCUGCGAUUGCAGACUCGGCGAAGUGGGCUCGACCUGCUACACCAAAGCCAAUCUCAUACUCUGCAAGCGAGAUUACUUACGAUUAUUCGGCAACACUGGACACUGCGCGGCCUGCAGCAAGGUAAUACCGGCCUUCGAGAUGGUCAUGCGAGCCAGAACGAACGUCUAUCAUCUCGAGUGCUUCGCCUGUCAGCAGUGCAAUCACAGAUUCUGCGUGGGCGAUCGCUUCUACCUGUGCGAGAACAAAAUUCUCUGCGAGUACGAUUACGAGGAGCGGCUGGUGUUCGCGAACAUGGCGCUGCACCCGCCGGCCUCGGCGACCCUGGCGCACAUCAAACGACAGGUGACACAGCAUCUGCAACCUCCGCAGGCAGUGGGAGUCGGCGGAGCUGCCGGAGCCGCGGGUGCUGGCCAGGCUGGUCAACGACAGACGAACGGGCCCGUGGAUCAGCAAACGACGGCGAGCCACAACGGCUACCCAGGCGUGCCAACGAGCUCGGCCGGAGGUCCGAGUGGCGGCAAUCCCGGCGGCAUGGGCAAUCUCGCCGGCCUCAACGGCAUAGGCGGGCCCCAGGGCGCCGGCGCUUACGAGACCAAAUGACAAACGAAAUAGAAGAGACUCGAUUUCUCCUGAAUCUCGUCGUCGUUGGACGCAGAUCAUCAGCAGCAGCAGCGCAGGAAGAGAAGAAUCGCACGAAUCAAGCGCGGAUGAUCGAGGAAGAUUUUUACGGUUGGCGUGCGAGUAUUUUAUAAGAAAGAAAGAAAUGAAUGUUUCAUUUGCUAAUCGAAUUCAAAUACAACUUAUCACGAAGUAGAUAAUUAAUAUAUUAUAGUCUCGACGUCGUUCAUUGAAUGAAAUAUUGGUGCUUUCUGUAGAGAUCUCAGUUUUCCAAUGAGUUUUGUUCAAAAGCAAGAAGAGAGCGGGAAUAGUAAAUUUUGUUGAAAAACUAAUGAUUUUUACGUGAUUAUGAUUGAUUAAAUUCAGAAACUGUAUAUGUGAAAUGUAUAAAUAUUAUUGUAUACUCGACGUAUUGUACACACGAUUGUGUUAAAUUUUUUUAUACUCGAAGUUAUAGUUGCUGUUUGUUACCAAGUUAACGACAAGACUGUUACGAAAUUUUUUUAUAUAAUAAUUGAAUGUUAAAACCAUGAAUGAAUGAUUUAGAACGUAUCGACGGAGUUAAAUAUCGUAUUCAAUUCAAUGAGUUUUCCUAACGUACUCAACGUCACUUUUUUAAUAAAACAAAAUAAAAAAUCGUAAAUAAAAAAAAUGAUUCUUUUUAGGAUGAUCGGUAAAGUGGACGACGCUUUAAAGAUCGAAAUCGUACUCGAGGAUACCCCGUGGGGCUCGUACGUCAGGGCGAAACCCGCGGGCUAUGUAAGGAUUGUUUCAACUUUCAAAAUCUUCUUCCGCGUCCGGGGCGAAAAAGGCUAGAUUGAUGUCGCGAACUUUUGUGCGUGUGCCGCCUUAUUUGCGAGUCAGAUAACGAGACUGAGUUAUGUCUCAAGUUUCGCGCGCAGCGAUUUUACUAUCGUAUACUUUUAGCCCAUUCGCCAGCGCAAUGUUUUAUUUCCCUCCGAUUUUCCUUCGCGAAGCUAUGUAUACCGUCUAAUUUUACUGAACGUGAAUUUUUACCCUUUGAUUUAUUCCUUCCUCUUCUUUCUCUGUUCAUUAUAGUAUUGUGAUACGAAAAAUUUCCGUUGGUAUUAGUAAAAAAACGAGUGAAUGAAAAUUAAAUAAUAAAAAAACUUGAAUAGCCAAAACUAGAAUAUUGAUACUCGAAAUGUUAUAUGAAUUUCAGUUGUAAAUCAUGUUUGUAAUCAUCGCUACGUAAUCCAAUCAAGACUGAUCGAGCGAUUAUUCAUUUUAGUUAUUUUAUCUUCUCCGCGAGUCUCGAAAAAACAUAAAAAAGAACCAAAAAAAAAAUAUCCGGACUUCGCAAUAUAACUGAACGAGUAUACGCACGAACGUUCCUAAAGUUAAUCAAUAAACAUUAUAAACGAUUCAUAAACAUUUCGACGUUUUCUCAUAUCGUAUAAUUAUUCUUGCGUAGCAAUUGCAUAACAGUCAUGAAAAACAAAAGAGCAGAGUAAUCGAGAAAAAAACAGUGCAUUUGCGAAAUUGUAAUCAACAAAUAAAAUUAUUCGACUGUUGAUAAAUGCUCAGUUGUUAUUUCUAUCUCCCUACAAACCUAUACUUAAAAAAAACAAUCAAGCAAUCGCUUAGAAUGGAAAUAAAA